AUGUAUGAUGAGACCACUGCAUCAUCAGGAUCUGGGGUUUUAAAAGAAAGCGAAGACAAUAUUAUCGCCCAAAAUAAGCAAGCUAUGGAGCUUCUCCGUAAAGAAAAGUAUGACCACGCUUUAUUUUUUCUAAAUCAAGCCUUAAUUAACGUUCGCUCUCUUAAAAAAUCUGACAUCAAAGAUAAGCUUCUUGCAAUAACUUAUAACAACCUAGGCUGCUUUUUUAGGAGGACUGGGAAACAGCAGCAAGCUCUUGAUUAUCUAUUUAAAGCUGCUGAUUUAGAAAAAGCAAAAAAAGCAGAAGUUGGAGAUGUGGCAAGCACACAUCUUAAUAUUUGUGUAAUUUUAUACAGUUUUUUAUUAAUUUUUCUCAGUUUUAUGUAUAAUUUGCUUCUAAUAAAUAGGAUGAAUUAUUAUUUUAUAAGAAUAAUGAUAUUAAAAUAGUAUAUCUGAAAAAGGAGAACAUGAAAGAGCCUUAAGGCAUGCAUUAAAAUCAUUAUACAUUUUAAGAGGCAGCUAUCCUGCAAUCCCUUAUCUAUUAACUAGCCUUGGAAUUGCUUAUCAUAAUGCUGGAAUUGAGUAUGAGUACUUAAACCAAACAAAAGAUGCCAUGGACUGCUUUAAGAAAGGCUUUGAUUUGUGCAAAAUUAAGCUGGGACUUGAUAAUGAAAUAACAAAAGCACUAAAAAAAAGCUAUGAGGAUGCUAGAAAAGAAGUAAACAGCUGCAAAACAUCUGGGCAAGCAAGUUCUGUUACGAGCGGUGCUGCAGAUUCUCCACGAGCCAAAAGUGCAAAAAGGUUUAGAAGCCAAAGCCAAGAAGCAAGCCAGACAAGCUAUAAAAGGCCUGUAAAAUUUAAAUUUAAAACAAGCCCUGAAAGUUAUAAGGUGCCAAAUAGACAUUUAUUGCCUCAUGUAGAUAUGUCUAUGUCUGCUGAAAAAACGCCUAAGCGUGCCUCAACAAAAUCUCCACCAAAAUCCAGAAAAAAUACUUCGCAUCAGCCUAAAAGGAGCAAUCCUUUAUCCCAACCCUUUAAAUUGGAACAAAAAAUCCUAAACAAAAUUAUAUUUAAAUUUUUCUCUAUAAAGAUUUUUAAAAUUUUAAAAAAAUAUAAAAUUAAGCAACAGUAUUUUGAAUUUUAAUUUAUUUUAAUUAAAAAAUUAAUCGAAUCUGUGUGAAAACUGUUUAAACAGCAUUCUACUAGUACCUUUCCAUUAAAUUAGAUCAAAACUAAUUUUAUAAGAAUUCGUGUUUUCAUCUUAAAUAUUUUUUAAAAGCACAAUACUUAGAAUUAUAAUUUAUUUUUAUGAUGAAUUAAAUCAAAAAAAAAAAUCGAUUUAGUGCGAAAACUGUUUAAAUAUAGAAUUAUAUCGUUAUUUGCAGAUUUUUGAACUCUACCACCUAAGUGUGGAAUUUUUUCCGCGUGUGAAAGAGGAUUCCACAUGUGAAAUCAAAAGGGCUCCACACGUGAAAAACACCUUUUCACACGCGGAAAAAAUUCCACACUUAUUAAAUUAAAUCAAAACUAAUUUUAUAAAAUUAGUAUUUUCAUCAAUAAAAUUUUUUCUAUUGAAAGACAAAUUCAAUUUCAAUUUGUAGAGGGGUUAAAGUAACAAAGAAAUCCAAAUAUUAUCGAUGUUUUGUUCCGAUUAAAUGGGGGAGUUAGCACCAUUAAAUUAUUCCUCAGGCUCCCCUAAGCAAAUAGAAAUGAACGCAAUUAGACAAAACUUGCCUAAAUUCGAAGAAAUCAGAACUAAAACCCCAGCGCCCGGAAAAGUUGUCAGAAAAAGAAUAGACGCGAUCAAGCACCAUCAGCAAGAAAAUUUAGCAGCUUCUAUUAUACAAAAUUGGUGGAAAAAUCUUUUAAAAAAGAGAAAAGAAUUUGAAGAAAGCCUUAAAUUAAAGAUAAGGAAUGCUGAGAUGAGGGCGAGAAAAGCUCUUGAAGAAGCUGAACAGUUAAAGCAGCUUGCAGAAAAGAAAAAAAUGAAAAGCUUUAAGAGUUUACUUAAAGUACCAUUUAAAGAGGAAGAAAAAGCAAAAAAUGAUAGUAAAAUGAGGCCUUUAAGAGAGGAAGAAAAAGCAAAAAAUGAUCUUAAAAAGAGUCCUAUAAAAGAGGAAACUAAUAUACAUAAAACGGCCACGGCGACCGACCCGUCCUCCCAGUGACGGUAACCUGUGCAUAUCCGGGCAUGGUUUUUGGUGGAUCCCAGUAGUGAUGGGCAUAAGCACAGACCCGCUGGUCGUGAAUAUAUUCUUGGGCAUUUUCCUGCGACUCCUUUUUCCAGCAGCACCCAAGCCACUGGACGCCCGAGAUGGAGCAAGGCGACAUACCUGCUCAAGCUGCUACUGUGGUCUGCCCCGAAUUGCGGAAGCGGUUGAGUUUUUCCUAGAGAUGACCUGGAAAGGCGAGGCUAGUCAACAAUCAUACGGCGGUCUGCUAAGUUGAAAGGGUCCCGUUAAGGGCGAUCUGGCCAGGAGUAUGAGGUAGGAGUGGUGUAAUAGGGGUAAAGAGACUGCUUUGGAAAUGGUGGUGCUCAGCAACGAUCUGCGGACCCAAUAGGGCAACCACUACCGAGAAGCCAGGGUUUCGGCAUGGGCUCAGAGGUACCAGAGGUGGAAGUCCAUCCUAUUUGCUUGGGCCACCAUGCAGCCUGACGGCUGCGCAGAAUGUCACUCGCAGAAGCAGGGACUUAAAAUACCAUUUAUAACUAACUAACUAAAAGAGGAAACUAAAAAAGAGCCCAUUAAAAGAGGAAGAAAAAGUUAAAAGCGGAAUACUAAAACUUCCUUUAAACAAGGAAGAAAAAACUAAAAAUAUUGUGAUAAAAAGUCCUUUAAAAGAGGAAGAAAAAGCUAAAAGUCUCAUAAAAAAGAGCCCUGAUAAGAAAACUCCAUUUAAAAAAUCAAAAUCAGUUACUAUUGUUGGCCUACAAGCAUGGAUUAGAAUGUUUUUACAAAGAAGAAGAUUUAAAAAAUUAAAAAAUGCUGCAAUUACAAUACAGAAAAAUUUAAGGAGAUAUCAAUGCUCAAGACUUUAUAAAGAAAUUAAAGCUGCUGUGAUAUAUAUUCAAAGGUUUUUCAGAAUGAUAAAAAGAAAAGUUCUUUUUGACUCAAGAAUAAAAAUUUUUAAAUAA